ACCUCUCUGUAUCAUCCCAGCCCCAGCCAGCUAAAUGGAGAGUACGAAACAUUUCGUUUUAGUUCACGGAUCUUGCCAUGGAGCUUGGUGCUGGUACAAGGUCGUCACCCUCCUCAAGACGGCGGGUCAUCAUGUCACCGCCUUGGACCUUGGUGGUUCUGGGGUCGAUCCCAAGCCGCUUGAAGAGAUCACUUCUAUUUCAGACUACUUGCAACCAUUGAUGGAGUUCAUGGCCUCUCUCUCUCACCAAGAGAAGGUCAUUUUGAUCGGUCACAGCUAUGGCGGCCUCUGUAUAUCUCUAGCUAUGGAGAGGUUCCCUGAGAAAAUAUCAGUAGCCGUCUUUCUUACCGCCUACAUGCCUAAUUACAAGUCUUCUCCAGGGAUUCUCAUACAGGAAUACUUCAAAGGAAUCCAAGUUGAGUCCUUAAUGGACUGCCAGUUUACAUUCAAUCAAGGCAAGGAAAAGCCACCGACUUCAGCACUGUUUGGUCCAGAAUUCAUGAAAGACAAGGCCUACAGACACUGCCAUCCAGAGGAUUUGGAAUUGGCGAAAUUGUUAGUUAGACCAAGUGGGAUCUUCUUGGAUGACUGGAGCAAGGAGAACAUGCUAACAGAAGAGAAAUAUGGGUCGGUGAAUCGAGUUUUUGUCCAAACGGAAGAGGACGAAGUGGUAAAGGAAGAGUUUCAGAUGUGGAUGAUUGAGAAUUACCCCACCAGGGAAGUGAAGUUGAUCCCUAAAUCUGGCCAUAUGGUUAUGCUUUCCAAGCCUUAUGAGCUUUCCCUUGUUUUGCAAGAGUUGGCUGACAAAUAUAGUUGAAAUAAUUGUGAGCUGAAAUUCGUGUUAAGAUACAUGUUGCGCUCUAGUAAAUCAUUUUAAUGAAAAGAACAUUUUCUAGAAUUAUUAUUAUUAUUAUUAUUAUUUUAUCUUUGGGCCUCUUCAAGAAUUGUUGUAUGAACAGACUCUGAUUCUGUUAUAUUAACUUGUGUUCUAAAUUACAGUAACUUUGCGAUUGCCCCAAGCAGGCAAGGAU